GGGAAGCAGGGAGGCAGGAGGGGCACUGCGCAGCUGCGGUCCGGAGGCGGCGGCAGGAAUGGCGUCCGUGGUGCUGAGCGAGGCGGAGAAGCUCUACAUCGUGCACGGCGUGCAGGAGGAUCUUCGUGUGGAUGGUCGUGGCUGUGAAGACUACAGAUGUGCAGAAGUAGAAACAGAUGUUGUAUCAAACACAAGCGGAUCUGCAAGAGUAAAGCUGGGAGACACUGAUGUCUUGGUAGGCAUAAAAGCUGAAAUGGGGACACCAAAGUUAGAGAAACCCGACGAAGGAUACCUGGAAUUCUUUGUUGACUGUUCUUCAAAUGCUACUCCUGAAUUGGAAGGCCGGGGAGGAGAAGAACUUGGCACAGAUAUAGCAAAUACACUCUACAGAGUAUUCAGCUGCGAGAACAGUGUAGACUUGAAAUCCCUUUGUAUUAAUCCCAGAGAGCACUGCUGGGUUCUCUAUGUCGAUGUAUUGUUAUUGGAAUGUGGUGGGAACAUCUUUGAUGCAAUCUCUAUCGCAGUGAAGGCAGCUCUCUUUAACACAAGAAUACCCAAAGUGCGUGUUCUGGAGGAUGAAGAAGGCACCAAAGAGAUUGAGCUGUCUGAUGACCCUUAUGAUUGUAUUCGACUUAAUGUAGAGGAAGUGCCCUGUAUUGUCACGCUAAGCAAAAUUGGAUACAGGCAUGUGGUGGAUGCUACCCUUCAGGAAGAAGCCUGUUCUUUGGCAAGCCUGCUUAUUUCCGUGACCAGUAAAGGUGCCCUCACUUCUAUGAAGAAAGUGGGGAAAGGUAGCCUGGAUCCUGAGAGUAUUUUUGAAAUGAUGGAGACAGGACAAAGAGUAGGUAAGUCGCUGCACAUAGCCCUUCAGAAGAUUUUGGAUGAAGAAGAGAGUUUGGGGACGUCACGGCCAAAAGUUGGAUUUCUAGGAUGAGAUUUCAUUAAAUGUUCAAAACUGUUUUUAAUUAA